GCCGCGCAGGCGGUUCCUGCCGUCCGCGCCCAGCCCGGGGGAGCCGAGGGGCGAGUGUGUCCCGCUGUCCGUCCCGCACAGCCCCGCCAUGUUCCAGUUCCUGCGAGGCUUCGCUUUGCCGGUGGCUGCCUGCGACGGGAACAGGGAUGGCGACUCCCGGUACGCUAAUCUCUUCAGGAAGCUGGACCUCAACGAGGAUGGGAAGGUGGAUAUCGCCGAGCUCCAAACGGGCCUCCAGGCCAUGGGCAUCCCCCUGGGAAAAGAAGCGGAGGAGAAAAUUUUUAAAGCUGGAGAUACUAACCAGGAUGGACAGCUAGAUUUUGAAGAAUUUAUGCAGUAUCUUAAAGAUCAUGAGAAAAAGAUGAAACUGGCAUUCAAGAGUCUGGACAAAAACAAUGAUGGAAAAAUUGAAGCAUCGGAAGUUGUCCAGUCCCUCAAGAUACUGGGUAUCAGCAUUUCAGAAAAACAGGCAGAAAAGAUCCUGCAAAGUAUUGAUGCUGAUGGGACAAUGACAGUAGACUGGAAUGAGUGGAGAGAUCAUUUUAUGUUUAACCCAGCUGCGGACAUUGAGGAAAUAAUUCGAUAUUGGAAACAUUCCACUGUGCUGGAUAUAGGAGACAGUUUGACUGUUCCAGAUGAGUUCACAGAGGAAGAGAAAAAAAGUGGACAAUGGUGGAAACAGCUGCUGGCAGGAGGAGUGGCUGGUGCUGUGUCUCGAACAGGUACAGCACCAUUAGAUCGCCUUAAAGUGAUGAUGCAGGUUCAUGGUUCAAAAUCAAACAAAAUGAAUAUAGCCAGUGGUUUUAAGCAAAUGUUGAAAGAAGGUGGUGUCCGAUCCCUCUGGAGGGGAAAUGGUGUAAAUGUUGUGAAAAUAGCUCCUGAAACAGCUAUUAAGUUCUGGGCAUAUGAACAGUAUAAGAAGAUACUCACUAAGGAUGAUGGGAAUUUAGGCACCGUUGAAAGAUUUGUAUCUGGUUCUUUGGCAGGAGCAACAGCACAAACUUCCAUUUAUCCCAUGGAGGUUUUAAAGACCAGACUGGCUGUGGGAAAAACGGGGCAAUAUUCUGGGAUGUUUGACUGUGCUAAGAAGAUCUUAAAAAGAGAAGGUGUAAAGGCUUUCUACAAAGGCUAUAUUCCUAAUAUUCUGGGUAUAAUUCCUUAUGCUGGCAUUGACCUUGCUGUUUAUGAGCUCUUAAAGAGUACCUGGCUAGAACACUAUGCAUCAAGCUCUGCAAACCCAGGUGUUUUUGUGUUGUUGGGAUGUGGUACUGUUUCCAGCACAUGUGGGCAGUUAGCCAGUUACCCUCUUGCUCUUAUCAGAACACGCAUGCAGGCUCAAGCCUCAGUGGAAGGAGCUCCACAGCUAAAUAUGGUCAGUCUCUUUCAAAGAAUUAUUGCUACAGAGGGAAUCAGAGGACUUUAUAGGGGCAUAGCCCCUAAUUUUAUGAAGGUGCUUCCAGCUGUCAGCAUCAGCUAUGUUGUAUAUGAAAAAAUGAAGCAGAAUUUGGGAAUAGCAUGAAUUAAAGGAAAAAGGUGAGAUGCUUCUGUUGUUGUUGGAAACACCAGAACAAAAAAUAUUUCUCAAGCGAUCUGCUCUCACAAUUAGAGACAGAUCUUUGUGGAGAGAUGCUGCAACUUCUACUUUUGCCCUCAAGCGGGAAGAAACUUUCUUAAAUUCUAUAUCACCAUUUCUAAACAGAUAUCUAUAUUGCACUUUAAAAUGUCACAGUUUAAAAAAAAAAUCAAGAAACUGUCCUUAAAUCAACAGUAUGAUUUUAGUCUUGGCGCUUUUUUGUAUUUGUCUUCUCUAAAUGUGUAUUUGGCUUGGAUCAAACCAAAGGUAGGAGAAGUUUAUACUGCCUUGAUACUGAAUAAAUGAAAGUGACUUUUUGUUUUGUCACGCUGCCUAUACUGAAGCAAUUUACAGGCAACAUUUUGCACACCUAGAAGUAAGCACUUACUAUUAUUUUUUAAGACUUAAGUUUGUAGAAAGUAGGAUCUUACAUACAGACAAGGGUGGAGUAACACAUUAAAUUCUUAGACAAUCACCUUUAUCUUCAGGCUAACUUAUUAUUUAAAGAAUAAAUGCCUGAGAAACUGCUGUUCCGUGGUAUUGGAAUACCUCAAAAGGAUUUACAUGGUAUUUUUGUAAUACAGUUAGUGUUUUUUGUAACUUGCUUCACUGGAUGUGCUUUUCAUUGCACUGGUAAAUGCUAGCACCAUUGGCCAGGACAAGUUUUGGGUUACAGCUGCACGUUUUAUAGGAUCAUAAUAUACAGGAACAAAAAAAGCUUGAUUACUUGAUCCAUUCCAUACAAGUGCAAGUUACUGUUUAAAAAUGAGGUGGAGGAUCCAGUAUCAAGCUGAUAGCAAUUACAGUAGAGCCGACAGAGCACAUCAUAGCUGCCUUGGGGAGAGAUGCUUCUCAUUUUUGUCUUCCUACUCUUUUCCUUUAUUCUGAGGGCUACAGUCCACUGUGAGCUUUCAGCCAAUAGAGGAUUGCAUUAUUAUGUAAAGUUUUUACAGAUUGUCAUGGGAGAUAAAUCCUCUUUCCCUCACAGCCUUCUAUGUACGCUGGCUGUGUGUGUGAAACUUGGAGAGUAAAAUACUGAAGCAUUUUGUCCAAGGGACCAAAUGGGACUGCUAAUCUCAGAUGCCCAUCAGAUUGAUAUUAAUGAAGCAAGCAAAACAUGCAUGCAGAACUUGUUAGGGCUUGAAAAACAGCUCUUCCUCAAAAACCAAAGCAGAACUUGUUCAGUGUAGAAAGUAGGUAUUUCCAUAUACAAGCACUUCCAAAGUGACUUCCUUUUUCAUGGGGGGAUGGGGUGGAGGAGGUGCUGCUGCUGCACUGCAGUUGCCUUCAGGCCUGAACCUUGAAACAGAGUAAUAAUUAUUGCCAAUCUCAUUUGAUACACUUUUUCUGCUUUCUGCAAUGUGUGGUGUCUUAAUCUUUGUAAAUUUGGAAUUAUAUUUAUAGUUAUCUUGACCUUCUAAAAGCAACUGCUCUUAGACCACUUCCUGAAAAUGGAUUACUGAAGGAAGAACUUAGUUCCUGUUAGGUCAUUAAGGGUCUCUCUUUUUUAUUAUAUUUUUUUUUUCUUAAAAAAAACCAACAAAACACAACAAAAAAGCAAGCAAACAUGAUUAACUGUCUGAACCUCCCUUGUUCCACAUACAGAAGAUUAUUUGGGCUAUAUUUUUUGAACAGCAAUCAGAUGUGAAUUUGUGUUCUGUACUUCCAUAAGCUGAUAUAUAACAAUGCCAUAAAAUUUGUAUUAAAAAAAUCUUGUUUUAUCAGAUUUCAGAAAAUGGCAGGUUGGGCUGUGUCUUUUGGCUUUCAGUUUAGGGAAGCUUUGGACUUUGCAGUUUUUUAAAAACAAAAAGUCAUUCUAUCCAAAUCAUCUAUAUGUAAAAUGCCUUUCUGAUGUGAAUGCUUCUUGGUUCUGCCAACUCUCUUGUAUCUUUCUGUGAUUUGAGAAAUCAGUUCCCAAUUGUUUUGACUGUGACCAAUGAGCGUGUGUGUGAUGUGAAGAUGACUUGAGCACUGUCUGUCUUCCAGACUUGCUCCAUUUUGUUUAUAGUGUGCAAGUGCCAUUGUGAGUAUUGACAAUUGUUUUCAAAUUUUGAAUAGAUAGGGUCUUUCAAAUUUAAUUUCACAUUGUGCCUCUAUGAUGACUCUGUUCAAUUGUGUAAUCUUUGUCUCUUAAACAUGUUUACCAUUCUAGCUCUAUUAAACUACCAGUUUCUAAUAAAUGUUUGUUUCCUUA